AUGUUCCUUCAUCAAUAUGUGCUUCUGACAUACCUCGAUAUAGAAGCCUCGAUGCAGAUGCAUCAUUGGAUAGGAGGUAAAGCACGACACGCUCACGAAUUUGGGAAGCAGAUCAUGGAGACAUAUUGGGAAUCACGAUAUAACAACACUCUAUACCUGCGGCCAACAGCGAUACAGGGGCAACAUCAAGAUACGAAAGCUAAAGAGAUCCUUCUUCAUGUCACCGCACAAGGCGAUGAGCACAAUGAAAGAGGGUGUGGCAAGCCACGAGUGCAAUCAAAAAUUCCCCCAGUUACGUCCCCGAAGGGAAGUAAACGGUUCUCGUCGCCCCGAUGUGCAAUGGAGGACUCGUACCGCCAGCCCCUAAUUCUUGAGCUAGGGCGCUGCCAAGAAGGUAAGUAUGAUUUUGAAAGGAGGGUGUGGGAAGGCGAGGAAUUUAUACUUGAGAGAGGUCCUCAGAAGGCGCUAUGUUUGCAGAGAUCACAUGCUCCUACUGCUUACCUAAGUGCCCUUCAGGCUUCAGGUGCAGCGGGCAUGUGGCGAAGCGUUCCCGCCAGCGAGUAA